AUGGCUUCAAUACCAGGCGCCCGCGCCGACCCCGAGGCGCCGGCGUCCCCCCGGUCGUCCACCGCGAGCGGCCACGACACGGACACGCCGGGCCACGUCCGCCGCGCCGACAAGCGCAAGUUCCUCCACACGACCGCCGCCCAGCGCCAGUGCCUCCUCGAGUGGCUUGAGCUGCCCGGGAACUUUGCGCUCCUCACAAAGCCCGUGAGCGCCCAACUGAGCGAAUGCGCCACAGCGUCCACGACGUCGCCCCGUCUCAAGCGGCUCAAGAAGAUGGACGGCUACCGGUCCAUGGCGCUGCACAUGAACCACGUGGCGCACACGGAGUGGUCGGAGAAGACGGCCCGCAGUCGCUUUGAGAGUUUCAUGGCCGCCUACCGCAAGGCCAAGCGCCAGAGCCCACACGACCUGCCGUCGUUCUACCGGCGGGUCGACGCGCUCUUUGGCCCCGAGCGCGACAGCGACGCGCGGCGGGGCACACCAGAGGCAGUGGCCGCGGCUGCCCCGACGUCGACUGCCGCUGGGCCUUUGAACGAGCACGAGGUGGGCGCUGAGCAGGACCCCGUGGCGGUUAUUGCGCCGCCUUCGGAAGGCGCUGUGCCGACGACGACCAUGUCAACGGCGUUGAGCGCUGGUGUGGCUACCAGUGGAGUGAGUGACGAGCUCGGGUCGUCGUCGCCGCUGAGGAAGAGAGCACGGGGCACCAGUGGGCUCGCUGCAGCUGGCACUUCACUGACGUCAAUGAUCAUGGCGGGUCCCUUGCAAGAGCGGGCGAGACAGGAGGCAGCCGAAGAGCAGGCGUUGCAGGUUGAGAGUCAGCGACUCGUGCUGAAGCAGCAGGAACUCGAACUGAAGCAGCUCGAGCUGCGGGCGCGACAGGAAGAGAGCCACCAGAAACUGCGGGCAGACGUGCUCACGAGACUGGUGGAAGCCGGCAAGUCGCCGGCAGAAGUGCGGGAAUACCUCGCACUGAUGGACCCAGUCGACCGACUGACGCCGCCUCGCCGUUAA